CUCUCUCUAUUACGUCCUCUCUCUCUCUCUCUCUCUCUCUGGGUUUAGGUUUCUCUCUCUCUAAGCAAAAUCCAAACCAUGAACCCGCCCUCGGAGCUGUGGCCCCCUUUCUCCCGUAACCACCCCAUCAUGUGGCCCACUGAUGAAGACUUCGAACCCCAAAACCCUAACCCUAAUUUUCACCCCUCCAAAAAACUCAGGCUUUCGUUUUCCUUUGGUGAUCCAAAUCCCAUUGACCCCUUUCCUUCUCGUCCCAGAGGAAACCCAAGCUAUGGUCGGAUCUUCUUCAAAACCAAACUCUGCACAAGAUUCCAGCAAGGAAAUUGUCCUUACACGCCGAACUCCUGUAACUACGCUCAUGGAGUCGAUGACCUUCGAAAACCACCUCCAAAUUGGCAACAGAUAGUUGAUAGUGGAGCUUCCUCUGCACCGCUUCCUCUUUUUCCUUUCAGAGAAGAACCAACUUUGCCCCUUCCUACUCCUCCUCAAUUGCUGACUUGGCAAGAGAACCAGAGGCUUCAUAGACUUAGAAUUUGUAAGAAGUACUAUAAUGGGGAGGUGUGUUCUUAUGGGGAUCGAUGUAACUUUGUCCAUGAUGAUUUGGGCAGAUCUAGAGAGAGUUUGGCAAUUAGUAUCGGAACAAAUUCUAAUUCUGGUAAUGGAGGUUCUCAUGUAUUUGAAUCACUUUCAAAUUUUUCUAAAAAACCAGUGGGUUUGAAUGCAACGGAGGGAGGGAAUGGUGGUGAACUGAAUGGGUCGAACCUGAAGCCGAUGUUUUGGAAGACGAGGAUGUGUAACAAGUGGGAGAGUACUGGUUCUUGCCCUUUUGGAGAGAAGUGCCAUUUUGCCCAUGGAGCUGCAGCAGAACUUCAAAAGUAUGGUGUUGUCAUGGAUACUGAUAUUGAGAAUUCAGGCCUCACUCCAACCUCGAAACCCUCUCAUCCUAGUACUGGUGUAAAAAAUACUUCAACUUUAAGGCGGUCUUGUGAGCUAGGGCAAGGGCAAAGAGGUUUAUCAAAAUGGAAAGGACCUGAGAAGAUCAAUAGAAUCUAUGCUGAUUGGAUUGAUGACAAUGAGUGGGAGCACACGGCUCGUGCUCAGGUUGCUGAGAAGGCUUGAAAUAUGAUCAUCUGUCCAACUUCGUGCACCAUGCAUCAUAAAUUGUAUCCUGCAUAAUGACAGGCUUCAUAUGCAACAGGAGGUUAUGCAUUACACACAAUAACAUGCAUCUGUUAUUCAUUCUUAACCUUAACCGGUGGGCUAAUGUGAGGGCUAACAAUUUGUUGAUUUUGUGGGGAACUAGAAAACCUUAAAUGGGAAGAGAGUGGUAAUGCUGGCAGUUUGGGUGGGUGUAGCUGGCCUCCUGUGUUUUUCAUUUAGGCAUUCAUGCAAUGUACUUAAUGGGCUUUUGAGAAGA